AGGAAUGAACGCACGCUCGCUCGCUUCGAUCCCGUCCUCUCAUGGCUAUUGCACGAACGUCGCUGGAUUUCGAUUUCGGGCUCUCCACGAGAUCAUUUGAACGAUCCAAUCUCCAGAGUCCCUAAUCUUCGGGGGAUAUUUUUAUCCUGUGGAAUUUUUGUUCGCGAUUUUGAUUCGAGGUGCAUUUUCAGUCCAUUUUUUAAGAGCUGAGAAACUAGCAUUUAUGUGCUGCAGCUCUACAAGCUUGUCAUGCUCCACUGUAUAUAUAGUGUGUAUAACAAAGCAGUGGACUUGCGCAAGCUGAGCAAAUGUCAGCACCAGGGAAAUUUGAUUAUUCUUCUACUGGGCCAGAUAGGCCUUUAUACAGAUCCAACUUAGCUGCUCAGAUGGAAAGAUCGAGCAGCUUUCGUGAGACCAUUGAACACGCUGCCCCAUCUUCUCAUCCAACCAUGUUGAGGAGCACCUCGCCAAUAACACAAACUGAUGUAACGAAUUUCUUCCAAUGUUUGCGUUUUGAUCCAAAGGUGGUUGCUGCAGAUCACAAGUCCAUUCGUCAAGGUGACUUUAAACGGCAUGUGAAUAUUGCCCUUGGGAUAGCAGAUGAGUCUCCCAGUGGACCACUGAAAGGAAAGUUGAUUCCAUCUCCUAUACCGGAAGAGAUCAAAAGACUAAAGUCUGGUCUGCGUGAAAACAAUGUGAAGGCCAGGGAACGUGUAAAAAUUUUCACUGAAGCUUCUUCUGUAUUUAACAAGUUUUUCCCAAGUGUGCCUACAAAGAAGAGGUCUCGACCAGAAGGUUUUUCUUGCGACCGGUCCGGUGAUCGCUUGGUUUUAGGGUCAGGCUUAGGUAAAAUGGGAAUUCAGGGUCAGACUCUGGCUGGUGGGUUUGAGCUUGAGCAACAAAAGUCAGAUGAACGACCUAAAAGUGGUGUACCAAACAAGCGCACACGCACUUCCAUGAUGGAUGUUCGAAGUAAUGCUAUUGUUAGGCAAUCAGCUCAUGUAGAUAGGGAUAAAGACGCAAUGAGGGUAGCAAAUCAUAAUGCAGUUCAGGGUGAAGAUCGAACUUCAUCAAUUGGAAUUGAUGGUUGGGAAAAGUCGAAAAUGAAGAAAAGGCGAUCUGGUAUAAAAACAGAUGUUUCUACAAGCUUGGUGUCAAAUAAAGCUGGUGAUGGUUACCGAGACUCGAAGCAGGGGAUACAGCAGAAAGUAGCUGGCGAUUCACGUUCAAGAUUGAAUUGUGACUCAAAUAUCUUAAGGCAAGGAGCCGCUAAUGGAGCUGCUGGAUAUGGAAGAUCUGAUAACCUCGCUCAGCAGGCAGGCUUAGCCGGACGGUCUUCUCUUUCCAGGGUUGAUUCUGAUCACAGUUCUUUGUACAAUGAGAAGAGAGAACGGUCUAUUGGUUCUGACAAGGAAAGGGUGAAUCUGAGAGCUGUCAACAAGUCAAAUAUUCACGAAGAAUUCAAUUCUUCAAGUCCAACUUCAAACGCUAGAGCAAAUGCUUCAAUUCGCGGGCCAAGAUCGGGAUCGGGGCUUCUGCCAAAACUUUCGCCUGUGGUCCAUAACACUCCUCCAAGUGAUUGGGAUAUUUCCAGUUGUACAAACAAGCCACCCACAUUAUCUGGGGUCACCAAUCGCAAGCGGAUGUCAUCUAAUCGGUCUUCAUCACCACCUGUCACUCAGUGGGCUAGUCAAAGACCACAAAAGAUAUCCCGCAUAGCAAGAAGAACGAAUUUAGUCCCCAUUGUUUCGAGCAAUGACGAAGUUCCCUCCUCAGAUAAUAUAUCAGAUAUUGGCUGUAGUGAAACUGGGUUUGGAUUCCAUAAACGUUCACCUGCAGCUUCUCCUAUGCAAAUGAAACUGAAAGGUGAAAACAGCUUCUCACCAGCAGCUUUAUCAGAAAGCGAAGAAUCUGGCCCCCCUGAAAUCAAGUCUAGAGACAAGGGUAAACAAUCUGAUGAGGUAGAUGACAAAGCUGCGCACAAUGUUCCAAAAAUGUCCAUUCCUAUUUUACAAUCAAGAAAAAAUAACAAGGUUGUGGCCGGUGAAGAGCUCGGGGAUGGUGUUAGGAGGCAAGGAAGAACAGGCCGUGGCUUUGCUUCUACAAGGUCUCUCACGCCAAUGGGGAUGGAGAAACUUGGCAACGUUGGAACUGCAAAACAACUUCGCAGUGCAAGACAAAGUCUUGAUAAGAGUGAAAGCAAGGCAGGCCGUCCACCUACUAGGAAACUCUCUGACCGUAAGGCUUACAAACGUCAGAAGCAUACAGCAUCAAAUGCAACACUAGAUUUUCUUGUUGGUUCAGAUGAUGGACAUGAGGAGCUACUAGCUGUUGUCAAUGCUGCUAUAAAUUCUGCUAGGAACUUGCCCAAUUCUUUCUGGAAGCAAAUGGAGCGUUACUUUUGCUUUAUAUCUGAUGCACACAUCAAUUUCUUGAAACAACAGGGAGAACUUUCCUCUGUCAGACCGAUGCUGAGGACAUCUUCAGUCUUUGAUAGUUGUGAAGUGUAUCCCCAGGAACUGACAAGCAGAAUGGACUCUAAAGCUGCUCCUCUCUAUCAGAGACUGCUAUCAGCUUUAAUUUCUGAGGACACUAGUAGCAUAACUGAAGAUUCAGAACUUGAUGGAUUUGGAAGCGUGAAUGAUCUUGAUGUUGAGUCUGAAUUCAGUGGUUUGAAUCAUUUGGAGUACAAUGGAUAUAGGACCAAUGAAGGACUGGAACAUGAAGAGUCAGAAAAUGACGUGUCUGUACUUCUGCACAGGGGGAUCAACAACUCAGUUCACCAUCCCAACGGCAGAUUUUCUGACUAUUCAUCCAUCAAUUUCACAGACAUCCAGUAUGUUAAUCUGGGGAUAGACGAGAAGAUUUAUCUGGAGCUUCAGUCUAUCGGAAUUUCUCCGGAACCCAUGCCUAGCAUUUCAAAUGUGGAUGAUGAAGGAAUUGUUGACGACAUAAAGAAACUAGAGGAUGCAAUCUGCAAGGAGGGUUUGAAGAAGAAAGAGAUGAUGAAUAGGCUACUAAAGCCUGCCCUCGAAAUGAAAGAAUGUCAAGAGAAGGAGUUUCAUCGGCUUGGUUACAAAAAACUCGUCGAAAUGGCGUACGAAAAGAAAAAGGCAAGUAGGCGUCAUCACACCAGCAGCGGAAAGAGUUCCAGUAACAAAAUAUCCAAGCAAGCUGCAUUGGCCUUCGUUAAAAGGACACUGGAUAGAUGCCAUCAAUUCGAAGAGUCCGGCAAGAGCUGCUUCAAUGAGCCUGCUUUUAGGGAUAUGUUCAUUGCCGGGUUGGCUCAAACCUCCGAUACUGCAGCUGAUAAGGAAUACAUGCCGUCAGCUUCAACUUCCAUGGCUUUACAGCCAAGUUCUUCAGCGUUGCGAAUUGGGCAAAACGGGGAGAAUUAUGUGAUUUCUUCUGAUAUGUUGGUGUCCGCAAAUGCUUUACUAGAACAAACCACGGGUAAAGACGACAUGACAUGGUCAAACAGGGUCAAAAAGAGAGAACUGUUACUCGAUGAUGUGGGUAUAGGGGCAUCUCUCACAAGUGGUAGUGCGAAAGGAAAGAGAAGUGAGAGGGACAGAGACGGGAAAGGACAGUCCUCUUCUCGAGGUGGAACUAAUAAGAUUGGUCGGCCAUCAUUGUCCGGUGCCAAGGGCGAGAGGAAAUUGAAACCGAAACCGAAACAGAAAACAAGUCAGAUAUCGGAGCAACCCAAAGCAUCAUCAUUAUCAUCCAGAUCUGGUGAAGGUAACAGUGAGUAUAACCUGGAGGCAUUGGAUGAGUCCGAGCCUCUUGACCUGUCACAGCUGCAAAUACCGGACAACUUAGGAGGUCCAGACGAUUUCGAUGCGCAAGCAGGGGACCUAAGCUCGUGGUUGAACAUCGACGAUGAUGCAUUGCAAGAUCAUGAUAUGAUGGGGCUUGAAAUACCAAUGGAUGACCUUUCAGACUUGAACAUGAUGGUUUGAGGUUACUACUCUUUCUUUCUCUCCAUCUUAUAUCUGUAUAGUCACGUUUGUUAUACUAUUGACGAAGAAACGUGAGGAAAAGGAAAAAAAAAAGUUUUGCAUCUCUCAAGGAAUAACCAGUCACCAGGAAUGGUUAUUUGGCUGUUGGCUCCGGCAAAUUAGGUCAUAUAGAUUCUUUUCAUCUUCUUCACCUUAGGGUUCUUUCUUAUAUAAUUCGAUUCUAGGGUGAACUUUUUUUUUCCGUUUUUAUUUUCGGGUUUCCCUUGAUGGGUGUUGGAUUUGGCUCAGUUGGUAAGUUAGGUCGGUAGGUAAACUUCCGGCUGUAAAGAGCUUUUGCGGCAAAGAAAAAGAAAGGAUGGCAUAUAUAUAUAUAUAUGAAAUGGUGGGUCUUCUUCUUCUUCGAGCUUUGUAGCUUUCAUGACCAUUGUCUUUCCAUUGUACAUACGUUCUAUUUUCCUAAUAAAAAAUCGCAGAUUCUUCCUC